AUGUUACGACCAACUCAAAUUCUGUGCGACCGACUUGAUGAACUAAGCAAGACAACCCAGACAGUUGAUAUGAAAUACUUCUUUGCAGCGGUUUCAAUCGAUAUCAUGACUGGCUACUGCUUCGCUCAUGAGCCUCAGAAUGUCCUCAAAUCUGAUUUUGGUAAAAAAGAAAAGGACGAUGUGGACCGUUUUCUAGAAAUCAGCGCUUGGAAUUACCAUAUUCCUUGGAUUUUGUACUUUAUAUACUCCCUGCCGGAGAUGGUCAUCAGAGCUCUAGCGCCAGCUAUGACUAAUAUAUUAGAUUUGCGAGUGGCUCUAUCGAAGCAAAUUGAAGCAAUUCGAAGCGGGCAAGACGACUCUUAUAAACAUGCGAAACACCGAACGAUAUUCCAUGAUCUCCUACAAAGCAAGUUGCCGCCAAAGGAGCUGGAGACAGAUCGUCUUAAGGACGAAGCAUUCAUCCUUGUCGGAGCUGGCGCUGAUUCAACGGCCAAUACUAUCCGGGCGAUAGCUUAUCAUGUCUGUGCGAACCCGCCCAUUCGCGAGAGAUUAUAUGGCGAAUUAAAAGCCGCAAUUCCGAGCCCACGUCUAGAAGAAUUCCCGUCUAUUGCGAGACUAGAACAACUUCCAUACCUCUCGGCGGUAAUUAAAGAAGGUCUUCGACUUUGUCCACCCAUCAUUCACCGUCUCGGUCGAAGUUUCCCAGAGAAGGACCUGCUCUGCCACGACUAUAUCAUCCCCGCGGGUACACAUGUUAGCAUGACAGCAGUUUUAACUCAUCUAGACGAGAAUAUCUUUCACGACUCAAAUACUUUCCGGCCGGAACGAUGGUUAGAGGGAAAUCAUCAACUUGAGCAAUACCUAAUGCCCUUCAGCGGAGGUGUACGAGGCUGUUUGGGAAUUAAUUUGGCUCGAGCGGAGUUAUUCCUCAUCUUGGCGGCCGUGUUUCGACAGUUCAGCUUCGACAUAUCUGAGCUGAAUCGGGCACGGGACAUUGAUCUUACACGCGACUUCAUUUUAGGAGCUCCGUCUGCGGAUUCCCCAGGAACUCCAAUCAAGGUUCUGAAAAUGCCAAUUUGA